AUGGCAUCUACUACGAGUCGCGCCAUUCGCCGGUUCAUUGUUCCGGGUGUCUUGGUGGCAGGCGGAGGGACACUGAUAUACAGCUACAGACCGCGAAAUAUUCCAGGGUCCUCUUCUGCCGCCGUACCACCGCCUACUUAUGGCCCGGAUGGAUCCUUUACCAUGCCGCGGUUUCCCACAGUCAAGUCAAGGCUGGAACAACUCUCCGACUUGCGACGCAGUACCGGCACGAAUGCUGAGGCUGAAUAUGAUAUGCUGGUCAUUGGAGGAGGAGCUACAGGUGCCGGUGUUGCGCUAGACGCUGCAACCCGUGGCCUACGCGUGGCUCUCGUCGAACGAGAUGACUUCAGCAGUGGCACCAGCAGCAAGAGCACCAAACUCGUGCAUGGCGGCGUUCGCUAUCUAGAAAAGGCAGUUUGGAACCUCGACUAUAACCAAUAUCAACUCGUCAAAGAAGCCCUGAAAGAGAGGAAGUACUUCCUACAGACUGCCCCCCACCUGAGCAUGUGGCUUCCAAUUAUGCUUCCCCUGGAUAAGUGGUGGAAAGCACCGUAUUAUUGGGCUGGCACCAAGUUUUAUGAUUUCUUGGCUGGCAGUGAAGGAAUCGAAAGCUCGUACUUCUUGACUCGCAGCAAAGCUCUCGAGGCGUUUCCCAUGCUAAAACAGACAAACUUAGUUGGAGCUUUGGUUUAUUAUGACGGCGCGCACAACGACUCUCGCAUGAACGUGUCUAUUGCCAUGACAGCGGCGCUCUAUGGAGCGACGGUUGUCAACCAUGCCGAAGUAACCAGUCUCAUAAAGGAUGAUCGUGGUCGACUCUGCGGAGCCAAGAUAAAGGAUCUCGUGGCGACCCGAGAUGGCACAGCAGUGGAAGAAUGUGCGGUUCGGGCAAAAUGUAUUGUCAACUGUACUGGGCCGUUCACUGACUCUAUUAGAAAGAUGGAUGACCAGGAUUGCAAGGAAAUUGUUGCACCUUCAUCUGGUGUGCAUGUGAUCCUUCCUGGCUACUAUAGCCCUGGCAGGAUGGGGCUUUUGGACCCCUCAACAUCCGAUGGUCGUGUCAUUUUCUUUCUUCCUUGGCAAGGAAAUACUAUUGCAGGAACUACUGACUCACCAUCACCAAUAUCGCCCGCUCCAUUACCAGACGAAACGUCUAUUAAGUGGAUUCUUGGAGAAAUCAGCCAGUAUCUGUCCCCUGAGAUCAAUGUGCGUCGAGGAGAUGUGUUGGCAGCUUGGUCUGGCAUCAGACCGCUGGUCAAAGAUCCAAAAGCCAAAAACACAGAGUCUCUGGUACGAAACCACCUCGUCGACGUGUCCCCAUCUGGUCUCUUGACUUGUGCUGGCGGAAAAUGGACAACAUAUCGUCAAAUGGCGCAGGAUUGUGUCGACACCGCCAUCAAAGAGUUUCGGCUUCAUCCAACUCCUGUCACCAACGCGCCUCACGUCAGUGGCACAGAGAUGAUUGACGAUGGUGCAAUCUUGGAUGGCUCUUGUCAGACUCACAAAGUUCGACUACUAGGUGCUCAUGGCUUUAGCAAAACGCUUUUCAUCCCUAUUAUUCAGCAUUUUGGUGUUGAGACGGAAGUAGCUAAGCACUUGACGGAAAGUUAUGGCGAUCGGGCUUGGACAGUUGGAGCUCUCUGUAAACUGACUGGCCAGAGGUUUCCAGCCCGGGGAGAGCGUAUAUCACGCCUUUACCCGUUUGUUGACGGCGAAGUUCGUUAUGCAGUAAGGCAUGAAUAUGCCCAGACUGCCGUUGACGUCUUGGCUCGCAGAACUCGCCUUGCUUUCUUGAAUGCUCAAGCGGCACUGGAAGCGCUGCCUUGCAUUAUUGAUAUCAUGACUGAGGAGCUAAAUUGGGACAUGUCCCGCCAAGAUCUUGAAUGGCAAGAAACCGUGGCUUUCUUAAAAUCCAUGGGGCUCCCCCACCCAAUGCUUUCAGUUACAAGACAGCAGGUAGAGAAACACAAGCUAGGUUUUGAAACCUCCGUUGACUGGACCAUGUACUCCAGACACGACAAGCCUGUUGACGGUUGA